GGCUGUCAUUGUGAGCUGCCAUUUGCCGCUGGAGAGAAAUGGGGAGGAAGAAGAUACAGAUUUCUCAGAUCCUGGACCAGCGCAACCGGCAGGUGACGUUCACCAAGCGCAAGUUCGGGCUGAUGAAGAAGGCAUACGAGCUGAGUGUCCUGUGUGACUGCGAGAUCGCCCUCAUCAUCUUCAACGGCGCCGACCGCCUCUUCCAGUACGCCAGUACCGACAUGGACAAGGUGCUGCUCAAGUACACCGAGUACAAUGAGCCGCACGAGAGCCGGACCAACGCAGACAUACUGGAGACACUGCGAAGGAGGGGUGUCGAGGGGGCGGAGCUGGACAGUGAAGAGGCACCGCAGGCUGCAGAGAGAUACCAGCAGCUUGGCCCAGGCGUGGGCCUCUCUCUUGCACGGCAGCGCUACUACGCUCCCUCUCUGCUGCCCCCAGAGGCUCAGUUCUCCUCCCCUGCAGGUGGGGAGAAUGGACCGGCCAGAGGAGGAACCUCCCCGAAAACCUGCCUGAUGCCUCACAAACCCCCCCAUCUCCAACACCCCAGCCCCAAACCAGGCUCCUCUGGCCUCUCGGCACUCAUGCCCCCCCACGCAGGUAUUGGCUACUCAGUGUUCCCCCACGGUGACCUGAGCAGAGCCUUGGAGAUGAAGACUCCGCCCCCGCUGAGCCGGGGCUGUGUGAACCGGCGAAUGGAGAUGCAGCCGACCCUGUCAGAUGGCCAUACCAGCCUCAGCAGUACGAGGCCGCUGUAUCACAGCCUACAUCCAGGGAACCACAUGGUCGCCAUGGGGAAAUCGGGCUUGCUAGGACAUAGUCUGGGGACGUAUGGACACUCCAUGCCUGAAUACGCCCUUCCAGGCUCCUCCCACUCUGUGGGUUCACAGCGCAGUGCAGUGGGCCCCUGGAGAUCACCACAUGACCCAGAAGGACGUGUUUCUCUCAGUGGCUUGGGGAUGUCGGGUGGUGGCUGUUCCUUCUCCACACGGAUGUCCGCGACGACCCCUCCUCCUCAUCCCUUCCUCAACAUCAACAUCAAAUCAGAGCGGGCCUCCCCCGAAUACACCUGCCCGCCAGCCACGCCCCCUCUGCGGCACAUGGGCCGGCGCUCACCAAUCAGGAACCCUGACUUGACCAACCACAGCGACCCACCAGAGCCGUACCCGGCCAAUGAGAGGGAAGGCCUCCGGAAGGAAAUCUACACCUCCCCACGAGGCGUGACCAGGGCCCUGGUGGAGGAAGAAGGCAGACUACCCAUCAGCCAAUCAGAGAUCACAGAGGGAUGGCAGCGAUAGGGGUAAACCUCACGCCUGUCUCUUUGCCCUCUCCCCAUAGAAGGUGAAGGUGUGGGAGGGUGUAGAACUUCCCACAUUUCCAAAGAUAAUGUAUACGUUUGACCCCCCCCCCCCAUGAGCCGUGAAUGGUCUGCUCCACAGCCC